UUUGGAUAUUGAUAACUGAAACAACUGUAAAAUUUGAUACUCUGUUAUUCUUUAUCUCCCAGUCGGGUCAGAUGAUUGUGCAUCGUGGUUGCAGGUGUUAAUGGUUGCUCUCUGAAAACUAACGAAAAUCUUGAGGUUCUACGAGGCAUUCCUGUUGAGAGGUUGAUGAUAGAAACAGAUUCUCCAUAUUGUGACAUAAUAAAUACUCAUGCUGGAAGCCAAUAUGUAAAAUCUGUCUGGCCAUCCAAGAAGAAAGAAAAGUAUGAGCCAGAUUCAACAGUAAAAGGUCGCAAUGAGCCUUGUUUAGUCAGGCAAGUUCUUGAGGUAGUGGCUGGAAGAAAAGGAAUUUCUGACAUAGAAGGCCUGAGUAGAACUCUGUACCGUAACACAUGUAGGCUCUUCUUUCCUCAGGAUCUUGACGUGUCUGCUAAUGCGCAGCUUGAGAGUGGUACUGUUUCAGGACUGCUGAGGUCAGAGUGUUUUUUUUUUAAAAAAACAAUGUUUCCUUUUGGUUGGCGUUUGGUUUUGUACAACUUCCAAUAUGCCUAUGAAAUGUAUUUAGUCUUAUAAUUUUCCCUCGCUGCC